AAGCAACCGAAUCAAAAGAUUAUAGAGGUGGCGGUGAUUUUUCAAAAUUUGAAUCUACAAAUCCAACAACUCAUAAUGUGACGCAAGCAAAAAAUGAAAAUACUGAUGGAAUCCAUAAAAAAAGAAAACGAAGUUCUUCUGAAAUUGCUGGAAAUGAUCCUGUGGAAAAUAAUUCUGCUGUAAAAACAAAAGAUCAAGUUCCAAUCAAAACCUUUUAUGAAUACGUGGAACAAUUUGCUCGAGAUUUUAAUCAGGAUGAUUUGGAUUUUCUAACAGUAAAGCCCAGGGAUUUAAGAUAUUAUGAAUUUCCUAAACUUGGAAGACAUUAUUCAGAAGUUUGGGAGGAGGAAGAUCAAGCAGCUCUUUUAUCACAAAAAACAAAUAAAAUAGAUGAUCAAUAUUCAAAUGGAAUGUCUGGUUCAUCAAAAAUUGAAAUCACAGAAUGCGAGGAAUUUCUUGGGCCGGUAACAGAACGUUUAGUUUCAUUGUUCAUGGAUUACAAGGAAUCAAUGCAACCAAUCGUCCAACAAGAAAAUUUUCAACACUUUUCACAAACAAAUGGUCAUAACAAUAAUGGUCAUUGUGGUAUUAAUAACGUUCUGACAGAAAUUGAUGAAAAAAAUCCUAUAAAGGAAGUAAUUACACGAAGUAUUGUUAUUGACAAUGAAAGGAUUUUAAGAGAGUUGAAAGCUGUUGAUCUUACAGAUAAGGAAGACCUUAAAUGGGAUGAAAGAGAUGACGAUGAAAUAAGUAUCGAAUUACAUCAUCUUCAAAAAAGAUUGUUGGAAUUGGAGAGGAGGAAUGCUUAUCGUAAAUCUGUCAUCAAAGAACGUUCUGAAAAGGAUAAAAAUAAGACCGUAAAGAAAGCAAAAACCAGUUCUAAAAAAACUGCUUGUACAGAUGAAGAAAUAAAAAAGCAUAUUGAAAGACGUAAAGAAUUAAAAAAAUUAAUUGGAGAGAAAUGGGGAGAUACAGAAACUUUCAAAGUACCUUUUGAAUCUAUUUUCAAUGAAGAAGACAUGAACAAUUAUGUGUAUAAAGUUGAUGGAUCGGUUGAAACACCUAUUGAUAAAAAUAAUAUUUAA